GCCAGCACUGCCUCGAUGUUCCAGCUGCCAAUCUUGAAUUUCAGUCCCCAGCAAGUGGCCGGGGUAUGCGAGACUCUAGAGGAGAGCGGCGACGUGGAGCGCCUAGGUCGCUUCCUCUGGUCGCUGCCUGUGGCCCCUGCGGCCUGCGAGGCGCUCAACAAGAAUGAAUCCGUGCUGCGCGCGAGAGCCAUCGUGGCCUUCCACGGUGGCAACUACCGCGAGCUCUACCAUAUCCUGGAAAACCACAAGUUCACCAAGGAGUCGCACGCCAAACUGCAGGCGCUGUGGCUCGAAGCGCAUUACCAGGAGGCUGAGAAGCUGCGAGGACGGCCCUUGGGGCCGGUGGACAAGUACCGCGUGAGGAAGAAGUUCCCGCUGCCGCGCACCAUCUGGGAUGGCGAACAGAAGACACACUGCUUCAAGGAGCGCACGCGGCACCUGCUUCGGGAAUGGUACCUGCAGGACCCAUACCCCAACCCCAGCAAAAAGCGUGAGCUCGCCCAGGCAACCGGACUGACCCCAACGCAGGUGGGCAACUGGUUCAAAAACCGCCGACAAAGGGACCGGGCGGCUGCAGCCAAGAACAGGCUUCAGCAGCAGGUCCUGUCGCAGGGCCCCGGCCGGGCGCUAAGGGCCGAGGAAGAGGGCACGCCCGAGGUGCUGGGCACCGCCGCCAGCCCGGCCGCCAGCCUAUCCAGCAAGGCAGCCACUUCGGCCAUCUCCAUCACGUCCAGCGACAGCGAGUGCGACAUCUGA